GGGUGCGCCCGCGGCGCUGGCGGCGGCAGGUUGCGGCGGGGCCGGCCCGAGGCGGCGGGGCUGAGCGGAGGCCGGCGGGCGCCCAGGUGGGCCCAGGUGAGCCCAGGUGAGCCCAGUCCCUGCUGCCCGGGAUGCCCGCAGGGCCGGCGGCCAUGGAGCUGAAGGUGUGGGUGGAUGGUGUCCAGCGCGUGGUCUGCGGGGUCUCGGAGCACACCACCUGCCAGGAAGUCGUCAUUGCUCUGGCCCAAGCCAUCGGGCAGACCGGCCGCUUCGUGCUGGUGCAGCGUCUCCGGGAGAAGGAGCGGCAGUUGCUGCCCCAGGAGUGCCCGGUGGGUACCCAGGCCACCUGUGGGCAGUUUGCCAGCGACGUCCAGUUUGUCCUGAGGCGGACGGGACCCAGCCUUGCUGGGAGGCCCUCCUCGGACAGCUGCCCGCCCCCAGAGCGAUGCACGAUCCGUGCCAGCCUUCCCCCGAAGCCCCGGAAAGCACCGGCCUUCGGCCUGGGCUGCCCUCGACUGGCCCCCAGCCCGGAGCCAGAGACCACAGACCUGCAGAGCCUGGAGCGCCGGGUGCAGAGGAACGCAGCCGAACUGGGCCAGGAGGGCUUCUGGGAGGCGGAGCUGCGGCGUGAGCAGGCCCGGGAACAGGAGGCCCAGGCCCGCCUGCAGGCCCUGAGCGCAGCCACUGCUGAGCACGCUGCCCGGCUGCAGGCCCUGGACGCCCAGGCCCGCGCCCUGGAGGCCCAGCUCCACCUGGCCGCGGAGACCCCCGCGGCCCCCUCGCCCACGACCUCAGCCACGGAGCGCCUGCGGCAGGACCUGGCUGCCCAGGAACGGCAGAGCGCAGAGGUGCAGGGCAGCCUGGUGCUGGUGGGCCGAGCGCUGGAGGCAGCGGAGCACGCCCUGAAGGCCCAGGCCCAGGAGCUGGAGGAGCUGAACCGGGAGCUGCGCCAGUGCAACCUGCAGCAGUUCAUCAGGCAGGCAGGGGCCGGACCCCCUCCCCCACGGCUGGACAGGCCUCCCUCAGGCACACAGGGUCUUCCAUCUCUGGCCAGAGAAGAGCCCAUCUCAGGGGCCCCCCGGAGCCCAGCCCUCAUGCCCAGCCUGAGCCCUGAAGUUGCCCCCGUGAGGCAGAACUCCUGGAGGUAGCAACUCCUGGCCCCUGUGGACCUCACUGCAACCCAGUCCCCAGAUGGCAGAGGACCAGCGGCGGACUUGUGGUGCCCUCGUCUGACCAGCUGCCUUGGAGCCCAGCCCUUCUGCUGCUCGCAGGGAGCUGGGGCCAUCGCCCUAGCCCUCGCCGUGUCUGCCCAGCCAGGUGGACCAGCUCAGGACUCUGCUGGGGUGGCAGGCGUGAUGCCCAUCAGCCUGUGGGUGCGUGUAUCUGUGUCAGCUGCUCCCUGCCCCUGCACCCAGACCUCAAUAAACCGCCCCAAGUGGCC